CUUGUGACUUCUACAGGGGAGUAUUGGAGGAUAAAGUUCGUGGUGGUGAUUUUAUCCCUCGAGGUGAAUUCCUCUCUCUCUCUCUCUCUCUUAUCUAGUGCAUCGUGGGACAAUCUUCGUGAGUUGAGAGGUCUGGUGGUGGUUAGUUCUUUUCGAGCUUCUCCAAGAAGCAAAAUUUCUCCGACUUUCUCCUUGUCUCUGGAAAUGGCUGGCUUGGGUCUGAGGUGCCCCUCCCUCUCGUCCUCUUCGCUGUUCAACAAAACUAUCCUCUCGGGCGAGAGGGCACUUGUUCCAUGGAGGAUUCCCAAGAGACAGUCGAGGUGGACAGCUUCGGCGGCGGUGGCCAUUUCCAACACGCAGACAAGGGAGAGGCAGCGGCUCAAGGAGUUAUUCGAGGAAGCCUAUGAGAGGUGCCGAACGGCUCCUGCCGACGGCGUCUCCUUCACCGUCGAGGAUUUCAUCUCCGCCCUCGACAAGUAUGACUUCGAUUCCGAAGUGGGCACCAAGGUUAAAGGUACAGUAUUUCGUACAGAUCUUAAUGGAGCACUAGUUGAUAUAACAGCAAAGUCUUCAGCGUAUUUGCCUCUUCAAGAAGCUUGCAUACACAAAAUUAAGCAUGUCGAGGAGGCCGGAAUUUUUCCCGGCCUGCAAGAGGAGUUUAUGAUUGUUGGUGAAAAUGAAAAGGAUGACAGCUUGAUUCUUAGCUUACGUUCGAUUCAAUAUGAUCUUGCAUGGGAAAGAUGUAGACAACUGCAAGCUGAGGAUGUCGUCGUUAAGGGUAAGGUUGUUGGGGGUAACAAGGGAGGCGUGGUGGCUGUUGUUGAGGGUUUACGUGGAUUUAUUCCUUUUUCACAGAUAUCAUCGAAAGCAACUGCUGAAGAACUCCUAGACAAAGAGCUGCCUCUGAAAUUUGUAGAAGUUGAUGAAGAACAGUCCCGCCUUGUUUUAAGUAACCGUAAAGCCAUGGCAGAUAAUCAAGCACAGCUUGGAAUUGGUUCAGUUGUGAUUGGUACGGUGCAGAGUUUGAAGCCAUAUGGUGCCUUCAUCGAUAUUGGUGGAAUUAAUGGACUUCUACAUGUCAGUCAGAUCAGUCAUGAUCGUGUUUCAGAUAUUGCAACUGUCUUGCAGCCUGGUGAUACUCUCAAGGUUAUGAUACUGAGCCAUGAUCGUGAGAGGGGCAGAGUGAGUCUAUCUACAAAGAAACUUGAGCCAACCCCAGGUGACAUGAUUCGCAAUCCAAAGCUUGUGUUUGAGAAGGCGGAUGAGAUGGCUCAGACAUUCAGGCAAAGAAUAGCUCAAGCAGAAGCAAUGGCUCGGGCUGACAUGUUGAGAUUCCAACCCGAGAGUGGAUUGACCUUGAGCUCCGAUGGGAUAUUAGGCCCACUGACAUCCGAUUUGCCUGCUGAGGGUGUUGAUCUAAAUGAUGUUCCUUCGGCCGAGGAGCUGUAAAUAAUGAUCAUCUUCGCCUUUGUCAUUUCUUGGUUCUCCAUGGAAGGAAAUAUCCCUAUGCAACAUCGAGCACGUUGGCAGCUCCAUUCAGUUCCAUGAUGCAGGUUCAAAAUGAAUAGAAUGAACUUGAACAGGAGGCCUAGAUGUUACCUGGAUCUGUUUUCAUUCAUGAUAGCAGGUGUGCAUGUAGAAUUGUUCCUGCCAUGUAGGAAAAGGGAAUGAUGAGGUUGCAGUAUUGUUCCUUUUUGUUUUGCAAGGAUAUUUAGCAGUUUCGUACUUUAGAAAGGACUGUGCUUCCUUGCCUGAUAUGUGUGCAUGUUAGAGAGUGAAAAAGAGUUGGUUCGCUUGUGGUUGCAAUGAGACUCGCUUGAACAGGAAAAACCUCUCUUUCUUA